AUGCGCACCCACUGGCUCUCAGCCAUAACCCUGCUGCCCCUCGCAGCCGCAGACUGGCAAUUCAAGUCUCGCACCGACCUAGCCCCGCCUAGGUUGAACAUCACCAUCCCCGCUGCCCCAGACGUCGAGAAAGGCUAUCUUUUCGUCGCCCCCUUCGCCGGGUACCCAGACACCGCAAGCGAACAGCACGGCCCGCGUCAGGCGGCACCGUACAUUUUCCGCGACGACGGCGAGCUUGUCUGGUCCGGAUACGGGUUCUACUCGAUCUGGGCGACAAAUUUCCAGGCCGCGCGCUGGAAGGGCCAGGAUGUUCUCUUCUCUUUCGAGGGAGACCAUAACCCCGGCUAUGGACAUGGCCAUGGACACACUACCAUCCUGGAUCAGCAUUAUGAGACCGUCCGUGAACUGAGGGCGGGCAAUCAUAAGCUGACUGAUAAGCAUGAGUUUCAUGUUAUCGAUGAGAAGACCGCUCUUAUCCAGAUUUAUCAGCCUGUCCCGGUCGACCUGACUCCGUGGGGUGCUGCUCCUGAGCAGCAGUGGAUCGUGGAUGCUAUUAUCCAGGAAUUGGACAUUGAAACCGGGGAGCUCCUCUUCGAAUGGUCAAGUCUGGACCACGUCCUUCCCGACGAGGCGAUCCUCCCCAUAAACCCCGGCCAGGCCGGCUCAGGCUACAACUCCUCCGACGCCUGGGACUACUUCCACAUCAACUCCGUCGACAAAGACAGCGAGGGCAACUACCUCAUAUCCGCGCGCGACGCCUGCUCCGUGCACAAAAUCAACGGCACCUCCGGCGAAAUCAUCUGGCGCCUCGGCGGCACAAAGUCCGACUUCAAGCUCGGCGACAACGUGAAGUUCUGCUUCCAGCACCACGCGCGGUACGUCUCGAAAUCCGAAGACGGUGCCAAAGAGGUUAUCUCCCUGUACGACAAUGCGGCGCACGGAACCGAGGACGGACGCGGGCGCGAAGUCCACACACACCCGUUUUCCCAGGGGAAGAUCAUCGAGGUUAACACUGAGACUUGGGAGGCUGAGAUCGUGCAGGCGUUCCAGCCGCCAGAGGGGUAUGAUCUCCUUUCCAAGUCCCAGGGGAGCACGCAGUUACUUCCAAACGGGAACGUUAUUGUGAACUGGGGCUCUGAGGGUGCGUUGACGGAGUACCGCGCGGACGGGACCCCCAUUUUCCACACAUACAUGGACUCCGGAUACCUGGGUCUGGGCGUUGAGAAUUACCGCGGGUUCCGGUAUAACUGGACUGGAUUGCCGAAUGAAGUGCCUGCUAUUGUAUCCCUCGAGAACGACGAGGGGACGACCGUGUAUGUCUCGUGGAACGGGGACACCGAGACCAAGGUGUGGCGGUUCUUCAGUGUCGUCGAUGAGUAUGGAUCGCGUGAGUUCCUGGGCGAGGUUGAGCGCAAGGGCUUUGAGACUUCCUUGUCUGUUAAGAGCAAGGGUCUUGGCCCCGUUGCUGCGGUCGCUGUUGGCGAGAACGGCAGGGUUUUGACCGAGUCUGCUAUUGUGAAGCCCAAGGCCGAAGUUCUCCCGCCUGCUGGUUCUACGGGUGGUCGUUCGGCGAAUGCGCCUACUUACACCCUGUUUAAUGAGGAUGGGGAGCAGGUGCCCAUGGGACAGAGCGAGAAGAGUCGCUGGGAUGAGUACAUGAUUCUGAAGGUCAACCGGUUUGACUUGAAAUAA